AUGAACCCUAAAUUUGCCGUUCCUGUUUCGUUUGCUUCGAGGAAGACCGCCGAGCGUAGUGUGCGUACGGGGCUCCAAAAUGAAUCGCAGGAGGCCACUAGGCCCCCGGCCUUCUUCAUACGGCGCAACUACAAACGGUUCGGCACCGUCGCCGCGAACAAAUUCAGCAAGCUCCUAGAGUCAAUGGGACCUUGGGCUGAGAACCAGGACGAAUGGCGCACUUUCGGCAUCACCAGCCAGGCCCAGUUGGACCGCGAGUCUGACUUGUUCAAAACGGUGCUAGACAGCGCCUUCGAAUUGGCCACCGACGGCGGCAAAACAACCCGCGAGCUCAACCCGCUGGUCUGGGACCUGCGUAACGGCUUCACCCGCUUCGAUGUUCCAGGCUUGGUACGCGAGCUCAAGCACGCCUUCCAGCUCUUCCUGACGCGGGACCGCUUCUCCCAGGGUGUCAAAGACCUGCACGCAGAACUCGCCGACCUGCGUUUCCCCUAUGAAUGGUACCCGGCCACCCGCAUGAUGCAGCGUACCAUCCACCUCCACGUCGGGCCCACCAACUCGGGCAAGACGUACAACGCCCUUCGGGCCCUCGAGAGCUCGCGCACGGGUAUCUACGCCGGCCCGCUCCGUCUGCUAGCUCACGAAACCUGGAGCCGCUUCGUGGCCAAGGACAGGCCAUGCGCCCUGGUCACGGGCGAGGAGAUGAGGAUCCCGGAGGAUUCAGAUACGUGGUUCCACAGCUGCACCGUCGAGAUGACGCCGCUCAACGCAAAGGUCGAUGUCGCCGUCAUCGACGAGAUCCAAAUGAUUGCCGACGAUGAGCGCGGCUGGGCCUGGACACAGGCCUUCCUCGGUGUCCAGGCCAAGGAGGUGCACCUCUGCGGGGAGGAGCGGGUGGUGCCGCUCAUUCAGGACUUGUGCGCCCGGAUUGGGGAGAAGUGCGUGGUGCACCGCUACCAGCGACUCAACCCGCUCAAGAUGAUGGACACGAGUCUGAAGGGCAAGUUUGGCAACCUGCAAAAGGGAGAUGCCAUCGUCGCCUUCACCAAGCUCGGCAUCCACCAGCUGAAAGCGGGGAUUGAAAAAACGACAGGCCGCCGGUGCGCCAUCGUCUACGGUAACCUGCCGCCCGAGACCCGCGCCAGCCAGGCCGCGCUCUUCAACGACCCCAACAACGACUACGAUUUCCUCGUCGCUAGCGAUGCCAUCGGUAUGGGGCUGAACCUCGAGAUCAAGCGCGUCAUCUUCGAAUCAAGCUACAAGUUUGACGGCGUCAACCUCCGCCCCCUCACCACUCCCGAGACCAAGCAGAUAGGCGGCCGCGCUGGGCGGUUCAGGACCGCCGCGCAAGCCGCGAGCGGUGAUAACACGGCGCCUUCUCCGGGCCUCAUCACGGCCCUUGACGACGAAGACCUCCCAACCCUCAAGAAAGCCUUCCAUGCCGAAGCCGGACCCAUCCGCACAGCCGGCGUCUUCCCCCCGCCGGCCAUCAUUGAGCGCUUCUACUCGUACUUCCCGCCCCGGACGCCCAUCAGCUUCGUUCUCGCCCGGCUGCAACAUUUGAGCAGGCUGUCACCGCGUUUCCACAUGUGCAACUUCAACGACGCCUUUGCGAUCGGUGAGCUCAUCAAGGGCUAUGACCUGAGCGUGGCGGACCGCUGUGUCUUUCUCAACGUGCCCGUUAACCUGCGUGAUCCCCAGCAGAUCAGCGCCCUGCAGUCGUUUGCUAAGUGUGUCGCCGAUCUCGGCACUGGUCACCUCCUCGACUUUAAGAAUAUUGAUCUCGACAUCCUCGACGAGGACCGCCCCAUCGCACGCCAGGCACAGGUCGUUUAUCUACAGCGGUUGGAGUCGCUGCACCGCACCAUCGCCAUGUAUCUCUGGCUGAGCUACCGGUAUCAGGGUGUCUUCCAGAGCCAGAAUCUCGCCUUCAAGAUCAAGUCGAUGGUGGAGGAAAAGAUUGCCGAUCAUCUGGAGAAGUUGAGCUUCACCGAAGACUCGCACCGCCUCAAGCGACAACGGAUGAGGAAGAUGGGGAAGAUGAGCAAAAAGAAGAACGACGAUUUGCUAGGCCCGUUGGAGGAUGACCUGGUCGGGCUGAAUGAAGAGGGGCUCGUAGAUUUGAUCGGGAAUGAGCCGGUGUCGCUGUUCCCCGAGGAGGCGGACGUUGAGACCGAGACGGCACCGGAGGGAGAAAGGCAGAGAGCCGAUGCGGGCGCGCAGGCGUGA